AUGGUUAAAGUUGGUAAAUGGUCUGAUGCUGCAACAAAACUUUUGAUACUUGAUAAAGAGCAGUUUGAUAUUCCAACUUUGAAGUAUGCAAUUUUGUCACAGCAUGAUUCUUUGAAGACAAGGUUGUUGAAUAAUAUAGUGGAAUCUUCACAUAUUUUACAAAAUGUUUUAGAUACCCCGUUAUCAAUAAUUUUUGAAAAAAUGUAUGAUCAGAGAAUCAUUUAUUAUGAUGAUUUUUUACAAGUUUUGGAAUAUUAUUUGGAAACGAAUGAUUUGGGAUUAUCCAAAGACUAUAUAUCACAGGCAUUAUCAAAAGCACUUGUGGAGAAUAAUUUAAUUGCUGCUUCCAAGAUAUAUGAUAAUUGUUCUGUUAAGAACUUUGCAGAAAUUUUACAAUUGGAUGAAGCUUAUGUUGAAGAGAUCGCUGCGAAUAUGAUCAGAGACCAAAGAUUAGAUGCGUUGAUUGACGAUAUUAACAUCGUCAUUGAAUUCAACUCUCAGAAAAGAAGUCCCUUAAAAGAAUGGCAUGGGCAUAUGAUUGAAUCUUGUACGAUAUUGGAUAAGAUUGUCGAUAAGAUUAGUCAAACAAAGCCAAGUUUGGCUGAUAGUUAUCUAAAUACUUGA